AUGGUUUUCUUACAAACCUUGUUCUUCCUUUUACUUGUUGUAACAACAUUUGGUCACUCCAUAACUCCAAGGCGCCACCAUCCCCACUCUUCUCAUUCUUUGACCACAGAUAAAUCUGUUCUUCUGGAAUUUAGAAAAACAAUCAUAUCAGACCCGCAUUCCUCACUUGCUAACUGGGACGAAGCUGUUCAUGUGUGCAACUUCACGGGUGUUGCAUGUGACAAAUUCCAUAACCGUGUUACACGACUAAUCCUAUAUGAUAAUGGUCUAGUGGGGCUGCUUUCACCCGUUCUUUCCAAUCUCACUGGACUGCACUACCUUGAGAUUGUUCGCAGUCACUUAUUUGGCCUUAUUCCACCUGAAUUUUCCAACUUCAGACGCCUUCACAGCAUCACUCUCGAGGUGAAUAACUUGCAUGCAUGGCUCGAUACCAGAGUCCUUUUCCCUGCUUUCCAAGCUUUACUAGUUUAUCAUUAA